CAACACACACCGCUCACUGUUGGAAGUUGUGUUUGAAGGGCACAUAACAGCUUGCAGAGAUGCGAGAGGACAGCCCGAGAAAAACAACGAUGAGAAACUCGUAACCAGCAUCCUGGGAAAUAUAAAUUUACUGAGGAGGCUGUUAAACGACGUGGAGCUUUAGCCCUGCUAGCUAACCGUCGUCAAACUGGAGCGAGCUGAGGAAAGAAAGGGCAGUUUGUCCCCGAUAUAUUUACAGCUGGGGUCUAUCAAGGACAGGAAACAUGAAGUUCGCUCAGUUUUUGCUGAAAAAUGGCUCCGUCGCUGGGAUACCGAAACAAGUGGAGAGGUUUGCCAAGUUUUCCCCGUCUCCGUUGUCCAUGAAGCAGUUCAUUGACUUUGGCUCAGCCAAUGCAUGUGAGAAGACCUCCUUUGUGUUCCUGCGGCAGGAGCUUCCUGUCAGAUUGGCCAACAUCAUGAAGGAAAUUGAUUUCCUCCCUGACAAGCUCCUCGGCACUCCAUCCCUAAAGCUCCUCAUCAGCUGGUAUUCACAGAGUUUGUUGGAGAUUGUAGAUUUUUUAGAAAAGGAUCCAGAUGACAAAGAUGUCCUGAAAAGCUUCACACGGACUCUGGUAAACGUCCGUAAUCGGCACAACAACGUGGUGCCCACCAUGGCUCAGGGCGUGGUGGAGUACAAGGAGGCCUUUGGCGUGGACCCCGUCACCAACCAGAACGUUCAGUACUUCCUGGACCGCUUCUACAUGAGCCGCAUCUCCACACGCAUGCUCAUGAACCAGCACACAUUAAUCUUCGAAGGCAGCGUGAACCCAGCCCAUCCUAAACACAUAGGCAGCAUCGACCCCACAUGUGACGUCGUGGAGGUAGUAAAAGAUGCCUAUGAGACUUCAAAGAUGCUAUGUGAGCAGUAUUACCUGACCUCUCCUGAUAUGCAGAUCAUAGAAGUCAAUUCCAAAACCCCCAACCAGGACCUCCACAUUGUCUAUGUGCCAUCCCAUCUCUAUCAUAUGCUGUUUGAGCUUUUCAAGAACGCCAUGAGAGCUACAGUAGAGACCCAUGAGACGAGCCCAAUGUUGCCCCCGAUCAAAGUGCAAGUCUCACUGGGAACUGAGGACCUCACUAUCAAGAUGUCUGACAAAGGAGGCGGAGUCCCUCUGAGGAAGAUCGAGCGCCUGUUCAGCUAUAUGUACUCCACGGCACCCAGUCCAGUCCACGUAGACAACUCUCGCAAUGCACCACUGGCUGGUUUUGGCUAUGGCCUGCCCAUCUCCCGUCUCUAUGCCAGGUACUUUCAGGGAGACCUGCAGCUCUACUCUAUGGAGGGCUACGGCACCUCAGCUGUCAUAUACUUGAAGGCCUUGUCCUCAGAGUCAGUCGAGAGACUUCCUGUUUUCAACAAGUCAGCCUUACGGCAUUACCAGACGACCAUAGAGGCUGACGACUGGUGCAUGCCCAGCAAGGAUCCAAAGAGACUGGGCAAUUCCAAGAGGACUCUGUGAUGGCGGACUGAAGGACACAAUAAAUGUAAGAAGACAAAGAGGAUCCAUGUUGGAAGAAAUGGAUAAGCUUGUACUGUAAGUGGAAGAAGGCACCAAAGGCUUUCAGCACGCUGCUGAACAUGGACUUGUGUAUGUGGGUUCCUUUGUCGCAUAGGAGAGAGAAAUCUGGAUAAAGGAAAUGGCUAUUGUUGGUGUGGAGAAACAGAUUAAUGCACCGGAAUAACUGAGCUGAAAAAUAUUCCAACCAGCCUUCAGGCAAUUUCAUUUUACUAUACGACGAUUACAGGCUGCUAAUGGCAAUGGAACUAGUAUUAAUCUCCCUUUGCCUCACUCAUUACACUCAGUUAUCACUUAUAAUACCAUGUUAACACUUGGAAGUAAGCAUGCUGUUUGUGUUAAUGUAACUUUUUUUUUCUUCACAAUCUUAAGCUUUGCACACGGUCUUUGGUCAGUGUCCUGGGUAAAGUUUUGUAGGCUAAGUGUGUAUCGAUGCCUUGAAACACCCAGCCAAAACCAGCUGCAGGGUCACUUGAGUUAAACAAAAUGGGAACAUGCUCAACUACUCCAGCAUAAACACCAGAGGAGCAAAGUCUGUUCCUCCACUUAUGUUCAUGGAGGCAUUUCAGUCAUUUUGAACUUGUAGCAUUGCUUCACUCGCACAACUUAUGCAUUUCAGUGGAGUUCAGCUCUUACACAGCCACAGCAUUUUAGAGAUGCCAGAAGAAGAAUUUGCACGGGUUAUGCGUGGCAUAAAAUGAUAGUAUUUUUGCUUUGAUGACAUCAAUGUAAAUUUUUAGUCUUUAAGCUUCUUUAGUAUAAGGUGUAAAAGAAUAUUGUUCUUUUAAUGUACGUCAGUAAGCUACCUACCUUAGUCUUCAAUCUAUGCAGGCUGCGAUCAUUUUAAAAGUUGGAAUAUUGUGAAUAAUAUUUGAUGGAUGUUUGGUUCCGUAGAGCAAAAAUGAGAAAGUGCCUUUCUGGAGAAGUGGAAUUGUUAUAACAUAGCAUUGCAGCAUAUGUGAAGUUAAUUUGUACGGUUGAACUGUGAGUAAUUAUAUUUUAACUGUAAAACUGCCAAGUGAAAGCUGUACUACACAAUAAUAAUUCUCCUCUGUUGAAACUGGUGUGAAGUUAAUCACAGCAGGAGCGAAAAUACCAUACACACUUUUUAAACUGUUUCCAAGAAACUUUUCAGUGUUUCUCUGAGAGUAACUGUAGACCUGCAGUCACUAGAUAAUAUCAUGCUAAGUGUUUUGUAAUGAUGCAUGUGUUGUAUAUUUAAUAACCCACUUUAGAGGGUGUAAAGGCCUUUGUGAAAUGUCAAAUGCUUUAGUGCUGAUCUAACAGAUAUUGCCUUAUCUGUAUCUAACAAUUUCACGUUUUUCCAUGUCUUCAUUACAAACCAGUCAAACGUUCAAACACUGUACUUCUCAAUUCAGUCAGUUUGUAGUGUUUAGCAUUGCUCUUGUUGGUUAAAAUAUGAAUCUUUAGCUUUAGACUUUUAUCAUGAUUUGUGAACUGUCUGUGCACCAACAGACACAUUUGCAUUUUAAACUGUAUAAACAUUAAUCUCAAAAGCCACGUGUGACUGUACUGAAGUUGUGGUUCGCCACUAAAAGGACCAGUGAAUGUAGAAAAUAAAAAUCUCACUUCUCAACA